AUGAUGGACUCUGUUGCACUUUCCAGUAAUGACUGUACUUCCUGGCAGGGGCUCAUUCUCACAGUUUCCCUUUUAACCUGCUGGCUACUUCCCACUACUGCCCGGCUUACCAUUGAAUCAGUGCCUCCCAUUGCUAUUGAAGGGGAAAAUGUUCUUGUGUUUGUGAAAAACCUGCCAAAGAAUGUUAAAGCCCUUUCCUGGUACAGAGGAGAUAAACCACUCAAGUCUUUUGAAAUUGCAAGACAUGAUAUAGCUACCAAUUCUAGUGUGGUGGGACCUGCAAACAGUCAUAGAGAGACAGUACUCAACAGUGGAUCUCUGCUGAUCAAGAGUGUAACCAGAAAAGACUCUGGAUACUACACCCUACAAAUACUUCAUACAAGCUCAAGACCUGAAAUAAUGCGUGCAGAAUUCUUUGUACAGAGCCCACUUUUAGGCAACAAGAAUCACCUUACUCCUUCUCAACUCACAAUUGAGUUGGUGCCAUCCAGGGUUGAAGAAAAUGACAAUAUUAUUCUGCUGGUUCAUAAUCUGCCAGAGAAGCUUCAAGGCUUUGUCUGGCACAAAGGAGUAUUUCCACUUGACCAUUUUAAGAUAGCCAGCUACUCAUUCCUCACCAAUUCAACUCUGAUGGGGCAUGGAUUGUUGGACAGAUUGACAAUAUGCAAUGAUGGAUCCCUGAUGCUCUUGAAUGUCACCCAGAAAGACACGGGGCUUUACACCAUACGGACCAUACCUGUAGAUUUGAAAUCAGAGUGUGCCAUUUUUGACCUCCAAGUAAACAAACGUGGAAGACAGGCUUCAGACAAUCAAAGACCAGCAAGCACACCACAGAUGUCGAAGAAUCAAAGACAAAAGUUGGACAUGUGCUUUUCUUCUUCCAAUACUAUAUAUUACAAUUAA